AUGGACUCCCGCGCCGACGCCAAUGGCGCGCCUGAGGCCGACGUCUUCGCCGCGACGUCGCUGGCCGACCUGCACGCCGGCCUCGCGCAGCUGCACCAGCACGAGGCCAGCGUCACCCGCCGCCUCGACGCCCUCGUCGCGUCGCAGAAGGACCUGUCGCGCGACCUGGCGCGCCUCGACCUGCUGCGCGCCCACCUCGGCCCGCACGCCGCCAGCACCCGCGCCAUCAGCAAUGGCAUGCUGCACGACGCCGCCGCCACCGCCCACCGCAUCUCGACCGCCGUGACGCGCCUCGACCGCGAGCAGGCGAACCUCAAGGCCACGCUGCAUGUCGUCGAGCAGGUCGCCGAGCUCAAGGCCUGCGUGCUGGGCGUGCACGGCUCCAUGGGCGCCCCGCAGGACUGGGAGACGGCCGCCGCCUACAUCCACCGCGCCUCGAGCAUCCCGCCUGACGUCGUCGACGGCGCCUUUGCAGAGGAGAUUGUGCCCACCGCCGACGUGCCCGACCCGCCGCGCGUCACCCUCGAUGCCGCCGCCGAGUCGCUGUGCGCCCUCUUCCUGCGCGAGUUCGACAAGGCCGCCCAGGAGGGCGACGGCGCCAACGUCGCCCGCUUCUUCAAGCUGUUCCCCCUGGUCGGCCGCACAAACACCGGCCUGGACGCAUACGGCCGCUACGUCUGCACCGGCGUCGCCGCGCGCGCCCGCACCAACUUCAACUCGGCCGCCCCGGCCCAGCGCGCAGAGGGCCCGUUCUACGCGACCGUCCUCACCAAGCUGUUCGAGCACAUCGCCCAGAUCGUCGACGGCCACGAGCCGCUCGUCGAGCAGCACUACGGGCCGGGCAUGAUGGCCAAGGUCAUCGAGCGCCUGCAGAUCGAGGCCGACGUGCAGGGCGGCAUCGUGCUCGACACGUGGCACGAGGAGCGCCACAUCGACCGCAAGCUGACCGACAUCAAGUCGUACGCCUUCUCCUUCCUCGUGCAGAGCUUCCUGCAGGCUCAGCAGCCGUCGAACGGCACUCCUCGCUCAGGCUCUCCCGCGGGCGGCCCAGUGCGCACCAGCGAAGACGAGGGCGUCGACAUGAAGGAGGUGGACGCCUUGCUGGGCGAGAGCGCGCUGAUGCUCGGACGAUACGCCCUGUACUCGCGCUUCAUCUCGGACAAGUGCGCGUCGUCGCAGCCGGAAGACCGAGUCGACCACGGCCUGGUUAUGCCGCAGUUUCUGGCCAACAGCAACCUGCAGCGAAAGGCCGGCACGCAUCUCAUCGAGCCCUUCAACGCCAUGUCGACCUUCUUCUUCCGCCGCUCCGUCGAGAAGGCCUUCCAGCUGGACGAGCCGCCGCCCGACCUGACCCUCAACCCCAACAAGCCGCUCGGGUCGAGUCCGCCCUUUGUCACCUCCGCAGUCGACGAUGUCAUGUACAUUGUCAACCAAGUCUGCCAACGGACCCUAGCCACGUCCCAGCGCGCCGUAGUCGCCGAGGUCAUCCCCGGCAUAGGCAGCAUUCUCGGCACAGACUUCAUCGGCAUGACCCAGCGCAAGAUGCGCGAUGAGAGCUACCCAAAACCCAUCCGCGCCGGUGAACUCCCCCCCGAAAACAAAGUCAUCGCCUUCACCGUCCUCAUCAACAACCUCGACAUCGCAAACGACUACAUCAAACGCAUCGUCGACCAGCAGCUCACCCGCCACACCCCGGACCUCUUCCCCUUCGGCCACGACGCCGUCUUCGUCGAAUCCAAGCUCAAAGCCCUCGAAUCCGCCUUCACCCACAAGAGCACCGAGCUCCUCAACGACGGCAUCGCCGUCCUCUUCGCCACCGUCCUCAAGCCCCGCAUCCGCCCCAUCCUCGCAGACGCCUUCCGCGACGCCGACUACGCCCCGCCCCCCGUCGAAUCCGACGCCUCGGACCCCGACCCCGACGCCCUCGUCAAGGCCCGCUUCGACCGCUCCUGGAGCGCCCUCACCCGCCCGCUGAAACGCAUACUCACCCCUGCCAACUACGACCGCCUCCUGACCCCCGCGCUCGCCCACCUCGCCGCCGCCCUCGAGAAGCGCGUGCGCGGCUACUAUGGGCGUGUGAACGCGCUGGGCGCAGUGCGGCUGGAGCGGGACGUUGCGGGCGUCGUCGCGGCAGCGGUCGCGGGUGGAAAGUACGCCCUGCGCGAGAGGUUCUCGCGCGUGCUGCAGGUGGUCAUGGUGCUGGGCAUGGAUGAGGAGGAGUGGGAGGAGGUGCAGAGGGGAGAGGGGCAGGGCGUGGGUGUCGAGUGGGUGCUGGGCGAGGAUGAGCGGGUGGGCGUCCGAGCUAUUCUCGCUGGGGAAAACGGGCACGGAUACGGCAAGGCUUGUCGCGGUCAAGACAGUACGAGUACGAGUGCUAAUACAGUGGUAGACGACCAUACUAGCACUAUACUAUACGAACUCUCGUGUCCCUUGUACCAACACUACUCUGCUGAAAAACAUGCACCGUUCUCUACCGGCAGACACAACCUGUCCUAUGCCCGGCCCAUCCCGUCAUGCCGCACGUUCGUCUCGCCGGAAGUCGAGGCCGAGAUCGAGCGCAUGCGAGGCGUCAUCAAGGAUCCCGACCUCUUUCGCCUGUUCGAGAACUCCUGGCCCAGCACCCUGGACACGACCAUCGCGUGGCGCGGAUGGUCCAACACGACGAAAGAGACGGAAAACGGGCCCGUGCAAGAAGAGCCGCGCGAGCUGUCGUUUGUCAUCACCGGCGACAUCUACGCCAUGUGGCUCCGCGACAGCGCAAACCAGCUGCAGGCGUACACCAGCGUGCUCAAGCCCAGCGCCGACUUCAACAGCCUGGCCAGCCUGUUCCGCGGCGCCAUCAACCUCCAGGCCCGCUACAUCCUCGAGAGCGUCUUCUGCAACGCCUUCCAGGCCCCCGACGAAAGCGGCGUCAUCCGGUCGAGUAGCAUGAACAGCGACCGCAUCACCCCGCCCUUUGACUACUACAAGGUCUUCUCGUGCCAGUGGGAACUCGACUCCGUCGCCAGCUUCCUACAGCUGAGCGCCGACUACGCGGCCGCGACCCAGGAUUUCGCUUUCUUCGACAACGCCAACUGGACCGCCGCCGUCGACCUCAUCCUGCACACCGCGGAGAGUAUGACCAUGGACUCGUACGACGCCGACGGCAACUGGCAGCGCACGCCGUACACCUACUGCGCGCCGUACGGCGGCACCCCGAUCAACGACUGCGCCGGGUCACCGCACCGCGGCCACAUCGGGCUGGUGCGCAGCUUCCACCGCCCCAGCGACGACGCCUGCACGUUCCAGUACCUGGUGCCGUCGAACAUGAUGUUCAGCACCGCACUCCACGCCGCGUCCAACAUCACCUCGCAUUUAUCGCUCACGGCCCCGCACCUCGCAAACCUGACGUCCGCGAUGCUCAACAUGUCCACCGCGAUCCGCGAGGGUAUCACCACGCACGCCAUCGUCCCCUCGCCCACCGGCCCCUUCUUCGCCUACGAACUCGACGGCUACGGCUCGCUGAACCUGAUGGACGACCCCAACGUGCCCUCGCUCUUAUCCGCGCCGCUGCUGGGCUACACAUCCCGCUCCGACCCCGUCUACGCCGCCACCCGGCGCCGCAUCUUAUCCCCACUGAACCCCUACUUCGCUCGCGGCCCCCUCCUCUCCGGCCCCGGGAGUCCGCACACGCUCCCCGGCCGCGUGUGGCCGAUGGCCAACAUCGUCGCGAUUCUGACGAGCGAGGACGACGAGGAGAUCAGGGGCUUGUUGAGGGGUCUGGUGCGGAGUACGGCGGGGCUGGGGCUCGUGCAUGAGAGUGUUGAUGCGCGGGAGGGCGGGGUGUGGAGUCGCCAGUGGUUUAGCUGGGCGAAUGGGUUGGUGGGGGUUAUGGUUAGGGAUUUGGAGGGGAGGAGGCCGGGGAUUUUGGGGGAGAGUUUUCAGUAG